ACCAGUUCAGCAAGAAUGUUAAUUCGUCUCGUCCCCCAGCCGCCGUCCCCGACGGUGCUGUUCACGCUUUCCUUUCCGCCCCUCGCCCAAUCUCUUCCCCCACCCCCAUCGUGGCACUUGCAGAUUCAGAGACUGGCAACGUCGGAGCUCGAGUUGCCCGCAUCCAUCCAUGCGCUGGAUAAAUCCGCUUGGGUCGUGUGCGUCUUACAGGAGGUAACUUUCGACCUCUGUGCUGGGACUGUGUCGUGCCUCUUCGUCGAUGGACAGAGAGAGGAGUGGCCGCUCGUGGGGGCAGUAGGGGAUAGGUGCGUCAAGUCGCUGGAAAGUGUCUUGGACGACGUCAAUUCCUCUGCGAGAGAGAACGAGAAGGAGCGGUCUGCGGGCGUCGAAGAGAGCCAGUCUCACGUCAGAUCAGUGAAUCCUAAUAGCGUUAAAUCGCCCGCGCCGGUCAAGCACAAGAAGCAGCGGUCUCUGCUCAUGUCCUUGGUCGCUUCACUCGUUCCCCACUCUCACCACCCGGUCCCUUCUCGCGAAGCUCCUCCGCCUCCCGCUCCCGCUCCCGUCCCUGUCGAACCAUCCCCACGGCCCCUCCUCCCUUCCCAAAUGCCCCUUUCCGGCAAACAGCUCCGGCGGCGCGCUCGGUCGACUUUGACCGACACCUACCGCCUCUUCGUCCUUCCGGAACUGCUGACCCGCCUAAGUCCCGGUGGUUACUACACGUGGAUUCUCCGGUCCAUGAUCGACCGGGCUCAGCGCCGAAUGCGCGAGCUGGCUGAGCAGAGAGGCCUUCGGAUGUCCGACGGGCAGAUUGGCUGGACUUGUGGGAGGCAGGUAGGUGCUGGGAAUGACGUGGAGGCAGAGGGCGACAUGUUCUGGGAUGAAGACGAAGAGGGCACUGGCGAGGGUGACGGCGACAGCCUGGAGACUGAGACCGACGGGAGUUCCGUGCACAUCUCAGAUUCGUCCUGUCUGCUGCAGUCCAAGCAUAAAUGGAUAUGGAUCACCUUCGUUCGUACCUGUAUCGUGACUCUGACUCGUGUCGAUCUCUCGUCGUCAUCCCUCUAGAGAGGAUAUGGGCGUAUGUACCAGCUCAGCAAAAGCACAACGCAUCGCUCCGGCUGCUUCUCC